UACGCAUCUACACUACCAGAUACGCACGCGUACACACACACACACAGUAUAUUGCGGUUAUUGUGAACUCAUUGAAACGACUGAAAGCUGGUUGGAAGGAGUUGUGCAGUUGUCUCCCUUAACAACAUUCACCAACAUUAAAUCACACCAGGUUGAUGAAAAUUUUGUACCAGUGAUUCACUGGGAUCAAUCUAUUCAGGGUGAAUAAAAUAAUGUACCAGCCACAUACCAGGCUCAAUGUCAUUGACUGUUACUUCCCUCAACAUUACUCAAAGCUGUCUGCCAAGAUCAAACCAUGGAAGCUGCCCAGAUCUAUUAUUUUUUCUUGGACAACUCAACAGAUAGAAUCAUAUUCAGUUUUGUGGGUAUUCUUCUCAGCAUCUAUGCACUUUAUGUAGAAAUCCGGAAAGAAGCAGAUCCAACUUUCAAAGCUGUUUGCGAUUUGGGUAACAAUGUUAGUUGUUCAAAAGUUUUGACAUCAGAAUAUGGACGAGGUUUUGGGAUUGUUGAAGCAUUGGUUGGAAAAGAAAACUUCAUGAAUGUGAGAAACUGUAAUCUUGGAAUCCUCUUCUAUGCUGCACAGAUAAUCUUGAGUUUUUUUCCUGGUUAUAUACCAAUUUUCGUGCUUUAUUGGUCUGCUUUGAUCUCGGUGCUUGGCUGUGUAUAUCUGGCAUAUAUUCUUGUCUUUGUGCUCAAAGACCUCUGUAUCUUGUGUAUGGCAACCUAUGUCAUCAAUGCAUGUAUUCUGAUUUUAAACUAUGCUGCCUACAACAAAAUGACCGUUUAAUUCCGUUUAACAAACAAUCAUGGCUCCCGAAACAAUCAAAGAAAGAAAUAAAGGUUUUGCAUAAUU